ACAACAUGCAGUAUAGGCCAGAAGGAGUCACUCAGACACUCUCCUCUUGACUCUGAACACGGGAGAAAUGCACAGUGGAAAUGUUUUUUUUUUUUUUGGAGGAGCGCACAGUGCGCGCACUGCUUGGAAUAGCCUAAUCAGCCACGCGUGAAUAAAACACAAUUGUCGGGCGGGGAAAUACAUCUGUAGUGGCUGUCCUACUGGACUGUGAUAAUUUAAAUCAACUCCUAUAAAAUGAUAACGGCAACAGAAAUGGGGUCCACGAAAAUAACGCCCGAGGUUCUGCAAGAGAUGCUACAAUAUUACAACUUAACGCGACAAGAGUUCAUCGAGUCUUACAACAUACAGCCGCUUGUCUACGUCCCUGAGCUGCCGUUGGGCGCGAAGACAACUUUCGUGAUUAUGUACGCUACCAUUUUCGCCCUGGCUCUGGUUGGGAACAGCUUGGUUGUCUACAUAGUGGUGCUUAAAAGAGCAAUGCAGACCGCUACUAAUAUUUUCAUCUGUUCUCUGGCGGUGAGCGACCUUCUUAUCACAUUCUUCUGCAUCCCGUUCACCUUGUUGCAGAACAUCUCCGCGGAAUGGCUCGGAGGUGUUCUCGUCUGCAAGACGAUUCCUUUUGUCCAGACCACGGCCAUCGUCACAGGGAUUCUCACAAUGACCUGCAUCGCCGUAGAGCGCUACCAGGGCAUUGUCUACCCCUUGAAAAUGAGGAGGCAAUACACGCCGAAAAGAGCAUACAAGAUGCUAGGACUUGUAUGGAGUGCAUCAGUGGUUGUGGGAUCCCCAAUGCUGUUUGUACAGCAACUAGAGGUGAAGUAUGACUUCCUGUACGACCACCACCACGUGUGUUGUCAGGAACGUUGGCUUUCCCUGACCCACAGGCAGGUGUACACCACCUUUAUCAUGGUAGCUCUGUUCCUGAUGCCCAUGGCAGCCAUGUUGUUUCUCUACACACGGAUAGGGAUAGAGCUGUGGAUCAGGAAGAGGGUGGGGGACUCCUCUGUCCUGAGCACCAUGAACCACAGAGAGGUCAACAAAAUAUCCAGGAAGAAGAAGCGAGCUGUAAAAAUGAUGAUAACCAUUGUUCUGCUGUUCACAGUCUGUUGGGCUCCAUUUCAUACCGUUCACAUGCUGUUUGAGUACAACGACCUAGAGAAGAACUCUGACGAGGUGACGGUGAACAUGAUCGUCGCCGUCGUCCAGGCCAUCGGCUUCUCCAACUCCUUUAACAACCCCAUCAUCUAUGCCUUCAUGAACGAGAACUUCAAGAAGAGCUGCGUGGCCACCCUGUCCCGCUGCCUCAGGAAGCCCUCCAACCACCGGGCGGCUGUGGAGGAGCCCAACAACCCCACGGUACGCUUUAUUAGACCACUGAAGAGGGAGGCCUUCUCAGAGACUGGUGGCGGGGCCAAUGGAGGCUUGGAGCAGGGUGUGAUGAAGAACGGUCCGUCCGUCUCCUCUCAUGGAGACACCUCCUCAGCCUUAACAGGGGAGAAGAUGACGGUGAACUCUGAGCUACCGGCGAGCAGCAUCGAUCUGUUGAAAUAGUCUCGUUACAGACUUUUAAAGACACUCCAGUCUCAUUUUCACCUCAUUUAUCCAGUAGUGUACCUUAGGGGACAAAUUAGUACAGGCACAAAAGCGUACCUUUGGAAAAGGUACAAAUUAGCCUAUUUAGGGUACCACCACAUUGACAAAGCAGUCUGUUCCUUUCAGUGGCAAAAAUGUACCUCUAAAACAUUUUUUCCGGUGAUGUUUUAACACUGUAGGGUGCAAGGCAUAUUUCCCAGGGUGCCUUUCAAAUGAAUUUUAGAGUUACCAUUACAACCCAUGACUGUGUUUGCUAGUGACAGAGACAUGGUUGUUGCGUUCAAUGGCUUUCAGUCCUGUAGCCUUCAUCAAGUGAGUGCCUAAGUUAAUAUUUUAUAAUUGAAAUGAAACUCUUUAUGAUAAUACAUAACAUAUAUCAUAAGGCCAUACUUCAACGGCGUAGUUUCACCCCAACACGGUGGUCUAAAACUAGCCUGAGUUCCAGUCUCUUUAGCUCAUCCAAUCCCUGUACUCCCAUGUCAUUGCCUGGUACUCAGACUAGUCUGAAACUGCUGGUUUGCGGGCCACAUUGGGCAAGGCACGUUAUGCUGGCUUGCAAAGUGAUAUGGAAUUCCUAUUGGAAUCCAGCCAGAGUUAGGAUAUACAAAAAUGUGAACUUUUAAUCACCCGCAACCGGCAUUUAGAAUGACUGCUAAGGUAUUGAUAAAUGAGACUCCCUUAACUAUCUAAACUGGAACAGCCAUCUCAGUAACGGGUGCAAUAAAUCCAACUACUAACAGAUUGGAUUAGUAAAAAAAAAGAAGAAGUUAUUUAUCUUUGUACAUGCAAAAACAAAUAUUGAAACAAAAUUCUAAAAAUGUUUAUCUUUUUGUACACCAGGGAACAACACUGUACUGUUUUUUCUGAGUGUACACAUACAUAUGCCAACUUCUGGAGAACUAUUCCCCAGCAAUUACCCUACAAUCGUCAGACUAAAACUGCCCCGGUAAAACCAGCCACAACCCUGCCCAGCAUGGGUGACAGUGCCUUCUC